GUACGAGUACACACAAACCCCAGAGAUUCUAUAGAGGGGAUGUUUACGUUGUAUCCGCUGCGCAUUAUGCACGAUGUACCGAGUGCUAGGUACAGCAACAAUCAACAGGAUGGAGGCUGGCCGGCCACGUUCGACAAUCUGACACUUGUGACAGGGUUAUUGUUGUGUGUGGAAAGUGUACAGGAUAUGCGAUCAAGUUUGAUAUCAUCAUUUAUUUGGGGCCGUAUCUGUCCUCAGUCUUCGCUGGAUUCGUAUUUAUGUGAUUAAAUUUCUCAUCAACAUGUGAACUGAAGAUAAUGUUUGUACUGUAUCCUGAGCUCCUUGCCCUGUGGAAAUGCCCGUCCGUAGGGGCCAUGUGGCCCCCCAAAACACGUUUAUUGACACCAUCAUUCGCAAGUUUGACGGACAGAAUCGCAAUUUCAUCAUCGCCAAUGCCCUAGUGGAGAGCUGUGCCAUCAUCUUCUGCAACGAUGGCUUCUGCGAACUCUCGGGCUACUCACGGGCCGAGCUCAUGCAGCGACCAUGCUCCUGUGUGUUCCUGCACGGGCAGGGAACCAGCCAAGAAGCCAUAGAGGAGAUACAGGAAGCGUUGGAUCAGGGUGAGGAGCACCAGGUGGAAAUCACCUACUAUCGCAAGGAUGGAAGCAGUUUUCUCUGCAGUGUCCUGGUGGCCCCUGUCAAGAAUGAGAAUGAGGAGGUGAUUAUGGUGAUCAUGAACUUUGAAGAUAUCAGUGACAUCAGCAAGGCACCGUCAACAUCGUCAGUGCUCCCCAGUGAGACACCCUCAGCAGCCAGUCAAAGCUCCAUGUCUCUGAAUACACCUAUGAAUAAGUGGAAGAGGGCAAGAAAUAACCACCGAACAUUCCGUCUUCGCUUACCAUCCCUCUACAAGCAGCAGAAACUGCAAAUGGCAGACGAGGGGGUGAAUGGGGACAGCGUGGAUAUGGAGAACUCUACAUUCCUGUCCGAAGCCGAGGGUUCCAUGCCUCUGAUAGAACUCAGCCACAAGGACCUUAACGGCCAGCAUGGUCUAGGUGCAUCCCCUACCCAAUCCACCCGAUCCAUUCACUCAGAUUCCUUCCACGCAACCACCGAAGCCACAACCAGCUCCGCCGAUUCUGGGAUACGCAGAGACAUGGCCCGGUUGCACCAAUCCCAGUACUCGGUCGGGGACCGGCCAUUAGAGGGUACCAGCCAUUUUCAGGAAGAUGAGUAUCGAACCCCGAGAAUUGAGUAUCGCAACCCGGUUAUCAGAUCCCCAUCCAAUACGUCUUUCUCCAAUCAAAGUGGGUGGAGCGUCCGGCGUGCUUCGUCCCUGGAAGGACUGGAAAGCCAGCGAGAAAAACAAAAGCAGAUUCAAAUGGAAGCAUUAGUUCCUGGAUCUAGAGGAGGCUUUGCCAUGUCGGACUCGGAUCUAAGCAGAUACAAGGGCGACCGUCUACUGAACGGUAGUAACAUGUAUGAUAAAGAUUCAUCGCCUACAGCCAGCACAGCAGCACAAAAUAUCUACACCCCUGUGGCCUCAAAAGUUUCUCAAGUGCUUUCCCUGGGGCCCGAUGUGCUUCCAGAGUAUAAACUACAGUCACCGCGCAUCCACAAAUGGACUAUUCUUCACUACUCCCCAUUCAAGGCAGUAUGGGAUUGGAUUAUUCUUCUGUUAGUCAUCUAUACCGCUAUUGUCACUCCAUACAACGCAGCCUUCCUCCUCAAGCAUCCAGUCGAGAAAGCCGAACUGGACAAAGACCCGGAAUCCCGGAGCGGAACUGACCGCUACAAUGACCCGCUGACUGUGAUUGACCUGAUGGUGGACGUCAUGUUUAUCAUCGAUAUUCUCAUCAAUUUCCGCACCACCUACGUGAACAAGAAUGACGAGGUGGUGUCCAAUCCAGGCAAGAUUGCCGUGCAUUACUUCAAGGGCUGGUUUCUUAUUGACGUGGUUGCUGCUAUUCCAUUUGAUCUGCUCCUCUUUGGCGGUAAUGACCAGCAAUCAACGACACUCAUCGGUCUUCUGAAAACGGCCCGACUUCUACGACUCGUCAGAGUUGCACGUAAACUGGAUCGCUACUCCGAGUACGGAGCCGCAGUGCUGCUACUGCUCAUGUGCACGUUUGCGCUGAUAGCCCAUUGGUUGGCUUGCAUCUGGUUUGCCAUUGGGCAAGCUGAAAAAGCCCUGGACAAAAAUCACAACAACAUUGGCUGGCUGGACGACCUAGCCAAAAAGACUAACUUGCCUUAUAACGAAACGACGAUAGAAUCCAAGUACAUUACAGCGUUGUAUUUUACGUUCAGCAGUCUAACCAGCGUUGGCUUUGGGAACGUCUCCCCGAACACAAACUCAGAGAAAAUAUUUUCCAUUUGUGUCAUGUUGAUCGGAUCUCUGAUGUAUGCCAGCAUCUUCGGUAACGUCUCAGCCAUCAUCCAGAGGUUAUAUUCAGGCACUGCUCGCUACCACACCCAGAUGCUACGAGUCAAGGAGUUCAUUCGCUUCCAUCAGAUCCCAAACCCUCUCCGGCAACGCUUGGAGGAAUACUUCCAACAUGCCUGGUCCUACACCAACGGCAUUGAUAUGAACAUGGUUCUCAAAAGCUUCCCAGAAUGCUUGCAAGCGGAUAUCUGCCUUCACUUGAAUCGCAAUCUUCUCAAUAACUGUGCAGCAUUCAAAGGGGCUAGUCCGGGGUGUCUGCGAGCGUUCUCCAUGAAGUUUAAGACAACCCACGCCCCACCAGGCGACACCUUAAUUCACAGGGGCGAUGUGUUGUCUGCGCUGUAUUUCAUCUGCCGGGGAUCUAUAGAGAUUCUGAAAGAUGACAUGGUCUUGGCAAUAUUAGGGAAAGACGACGUCUUUGGUGAAAAUUUCUGUCAGUACGAUACUGUAGGCAAGUCCAAGUGCAAUGUGCGGGCCUUGACAUACUGCGACUUGCACAAAAUCCUGCGGGAAGAUCUGCUAGAAAUUCUAGACAUGUAUCCUGAGUUCUAUCAUCAGUUUGCUAAGAACCUAGAAAUCACCUUUGUUCUUCGGGAUGAAGAUAUUGCUGCAAAAGGUUUGGACAAUGAGAAUGAGAAUUCUUCAGACGCGGAAGUGAAAAACCAGACGGGGAGUAAAAACGUGCAAGAUAAAAACAGACAGAGGAAAGGCCGCUACCAGAAGAAGGGAUCUGGAAAGGAUGCAACUUCUGUCAUCGGGGCGCAGAACCGUCGCAAGAAGUUUUCCCAGAAUCGCGGUGGCAGCUCAGCCACCUUAGAUUCCAGUGACGAGGAGUGCGGCACAGGGAUCCUUGAGUUCUCACCGGACAUGGCGGGGCGCGACGUCACCCCGGCACCAGAGAUUGUACUGCAGCUGGAAGACCACAAACGUAGCGGGGGGCAUGGCGGUGUGGGACCAUUCAGCGCCAUUGCAGGUAGUUCCACCGAGAGUGAAAUAUAUAGCAGCCAUGGUGCCUUGUCUGGUGUCAAUAGCAUAGUGCAUGCGGUGACUGGUGCCCGACGCUUCACAUCUGAGCACCCUACUCAUAUGAAACGUAAAGCACGCCACUAUACAGUCAAUCCAGGAGCUACACUGUCCCCCAUCAAUCAGGAAACCAGUUACUCCCAAUCCACACCCGACAUGACUGGGAACCAGCCGGAUAUAUUGGUGGAAGACGUCAGCAGUUUUGUUUUACCCAAUUCAGACAUAGAGCGAAGGCUGGACGACCUACAACACCAAAUGACCAGACUGGAGUGUAAAGUCACCUCGGAUAUGGCCACCAUCUUGGAAUUGCUACGGAAGAACUACUCUCAUUCCCUGUCAGGGCCAACGCCAUUGCUGGCUAAUCGACCACGCCAGGCAAGACCCACUCUGCCAAGGAUGUGGUCUGGCCCCAGGCCCCACAGUCCCACUGCUACCGAACCUCCUAGUUCCAACAGAGCAGACUCUUCAACGUCAGCAGGAAGAACUGUGGCCGAGUCCGAACACACCAACAGCAGUGUGGAUGGUUCGCGGCGUGGAAGCUUUCCAAAAGAUUUAACUGGUACCGCCUCGUCUGACACUUCUAACACCCAAGUAGAUGGACCGUUCAGACGAAGACAUCCAGAGACACUGCUCUUGUCCUCCAUGUCAGAUAUCUCAAUCGACAGUCAGACCAGUCUGCACAUAGAUGAUUUGGAAACUCCACCAUUCUUGCAAAAAGGAUCUUCCAUUUCUAGGACUUCCACUAGUCCCUCCCCGCUUUCGUCGCCAUGGCAGAGUGCUGGUACCCAGACUACCGAAUUCCCUACCGUUAGAACAUCGCCGGUUACAGAGUCGCCAGCCUCUUCGGUGCGCAACACUGAUGUGUGAACGUGGUGGGCGGAUUUUUUGGAACAUACUUUUGUCCUUUCAUCUUUUUGUCUCACCCAGUAUCUCAACACGAUGUGCUACAAUGACUAAAUUUUCAUUCUGUAUUAAAAAAAGCCAUCUCAUACAUUGCAGUAUUGUAUAUAUAUAUUAAUAUUAGCCAGGGUGUGAUCAGCACGUUAGAACAAGUACAUGUUUUUUAUACUUCUUUUUAGUUGAAAAAGACUGAAAAAUGUUUUGCACUAGGUACAAUAUUCUUGAAGUACAAUAUACUUGUUUUUAAGUUUAAAAAAGACCAAGAGGUCUCAAAAUAAAGCAUUGAAAAUAUACAUUGACAUUGUACAAAGUAUGAGAUUUUUGGAAGAAAAUCAGCUGAUCUGAGGUCAUUUUUGAAUGUGUUUGAACAGUCAUGCUAAAUACUGCCACCUCAGUUGUACAUGAGGCAUGGGUUUGGUUUUUGAGACUUAACUGUCGUUCAGUGAAUGAAUGCUAUUGAGACAUGACUCUGUUGUGUCCAAGCUGUAAUGAUGAGCUGUGGAUGUCGUCAGGCAUUUGCAACAAGUACCCCCUCGCUGGCGACAGUAGGCAAGAUAAAUAGGCAGCCGUCUAAAGCCCACGUGAGACACAAUAUUUGGUUGUGCACAUUCGCAUGGAGAAUAUAGUCCAUAGUUUGUGCCAUAUAUCUGAGACGACUUGUCUUACUGAAAGAUCUCAAAAGCUGUUCUCAGGUCGACCUUGUUACGACACAGAUCAGUCGGCGACUGACUUUUCAGGAUCAAGCUGCCCCUGAGCUACGACCGUCGGGAGCAUUUUAGUCGCCAACUUUUUGCAACCUGAGUAUAACAGCAGUUAUAUGAAGACGAUCGGCAUCAGGCAGUGCUAAAAAAUAAUCAAUAGUCUCAAGAGCAGAAAAAUGUCUGUGUCACAAAGGAACAUGUUCCCCGACAGAUGGGAAUCAAUUGCAGUCGACCUGUGUGAAGUUCCGAUGUCAUGUGCGCAUCCGGAUCAUCUUAUGUGAAUCAUCGUUGUGUCUUGGGUGAGGUGAGCAUGGUGAGCAAUUACACGAUUUCUCAGAUGCCGAUGGUUCCGUUUCAGCGCAAGCAAAUCGCAGGCGGAGCUGAGGGGUGGCCUUUUUGCAUGGUCACAGAGUGCCAUGGAUUUCAGACAGUAAUCCUAUCCCAACUGGGGUAGAUCUUACGCAACAUUGAGAUGGUCACUGAUUCUCUCACUGUCCUACAUUCUCGUUCCAAUAAGGAGCAGAAAGCCAGUGGAUUUAGAAUCAAUACGAGAUACACAUAUGUGUAGUACGUAAAGGCAAACAACCUCAGCAUUAUUUAACGUCAUGGUAAUCUUGUUAGAACAUGAAUGACAAUUUACGUUUAUCGAUUUUGAGAUAACAAAUCUAUUAACUAUAUACCAGUGUAUUUUUCUUAAAUUUGUUAUAUUUAUUAUGGUUGAGAUAGUUCAAAUAUUGACUUUUGAACAUCCAAAUGACCUGUGAAUUGCGCUUCGACAAUCUGAUUUCCAUUAUUGAUCGAUUAGUGUCAAAACCGAUGACCUCAAUAUAAAUAUUCAAGUCUAGAGGCUGAAUGUACAGUAUGUAUAGAGGUACAGGUAGUUAUAUAUUUGUUCAAUUCAAGUUGCACAAAUGGUUUAUGUUUACAGCAUACUAAAGACAGGUUGUUCUAGGAUGUUUUGUUUUUAUGAAAGAUUUUAUCCUUUGCCACAUGAAUUGCACUUUUAUUCCGUAAACGAACACUUUUUAAAGUUUUGAAGUCUGAACAAUGUAACUGCAGCAAUCAUGUUCAAAAGAUGGACAUUUUAAUGAGAUCAAAUUUUGAUUGAUUUGAAGAGCUUUUUACUCUUGUGUGUACAGAGAUGCUAUCUUUCUUAACUAUUAAUGGUGAUGCAAGUUUGUCUCAGCCCACCUUUGGAGCAUUUUCAUCAUUUCCAAUAGUCAGAGUAAGAGUUGCUUCAUUAUAGAUAUUGCUCUUGCGUUUCACAAGCAAAUAGUCUCUAGUUAGUCUGUUGAAGCACUGGAUGUAUGUGUGGCUUUGAACAAAGCCGAGUGGCUUGACAUAAUGUAAGGAACCUCCAAGAUACAGGGCUUUGCCCUGAAAUGUUAGGCUUAAUUGCCCCAAACCCUUCCGGAUGAAAUGGAUUUUUAAGAAUUGAGUAUUUUAAUUAGCUAUGCUGUCCACUCCCACAGUAUUGCUGUUCAUGUUACAUUUGGCGCUUCCUCUAUAUGAUGCUUGCAAUCAAUAUUGAUGGAAGUAUUGGCUUGGGCUAUUUGUACAUGACCAGUUGUGGAUCUAGAGGGGGUGGGGGUCAAACCACUACCCCCCCCCCCCCCACCCUUCAGCCCCUGACUAAUGUUAUACAUGUACUAUUAAAAUGGGGCCAAAAUAAUAAAUGGAAUGCUAAAGUUCCUCAAUUUAUUCUCAAUUUGCCUUAGAAUGCAGGAGAAAUUUCAAUUUUUAUUUAAUUUUCCGGGGCAAGUCCUGGCACACCUUCUCUCAACUCCCCCACCUUCAUAUCCCCACCCCCAUACCCCCCCCCUACGUUUCCUGAAGGGUAGAUACACCCCCAAUGACAACUGUACAUUGUAUUGGUAAGUAUUCUCGAGACAUUUGAUAAAUCUUCCUAUCUUACAAGCAGCUUGCUUUCGUUUUUGGCUUGUUUAUUGGAGUAGUAUAUUUCACUUCACUGUACAUUACCAGAUUUGUAUGCACAUUAGAGGCCUUGACAAUAAAAUCACUCUCACAAGUGUACAGUCUGCAUCAUUUUGAUAAACUAGGAUUAAACAUAUCUAAUUCUCUACUAUUUACAGUGACUGCUGGCCCGUUCGUUACUGGUAUCAUUUUUAAAAUUCGCAACACUGCUUUAGUAAGUUGCACUUUUCUAUCCAGGUAUGUGUUGACUUUUAAUUAACAGUCCCUACAGUUUGUUGUUUACAAACCACCUGUCAACAAAUAAUAGUCACAGUACGAUUUGCAUAACAAAUGCAGGCUAGAGGGCCUUUGCUCUGCAUUUGAUAAAACUUAUGCAUUCAUCGGACUUCAUCGAUAUUCCAUUAUUGUUAGUAUGAAAUUCAAGAUCCGCAAUUUAUACCUUCGAUAUAUUAUUACCUUUUCUCUCUAAUCACCAUAAGCAAUAAAAGUUGUGAAAUACAUGUACAUGACUUGUACAGUAUGCUGUCACUAUGCUUGGCAUUUUGUUACCUUAGAUUCUUAACUAGGGUUGCUCAUUGUAAGCUCCGAGUAAAAAAAGAUUAGAAGGUUUGCUCGGUAAAGAUGGCUAUAAGAUUAAGGUAAUUUGCACCGCGUGACAACUCUCUUGUGAGUUUGCGAGGUUCAAGAACCGAGGGUAACUCAAGUAGACUCCUCGAAGACACACCAACAUGCCUCACUGAUCAUCCAGCAUCCUCUGCUCCAGCUACAAUGUAGGACUCCACAUUGCAUCCUUCACGCGCUUCACCGCUUCCAGUCAAACACCCCUUCUCCGUUGGGAUCCCUUCAGUCUCCUGACGACGGGCAGAGUAUACUGCCCGAAACGUUGAAUUCCCCCAGUUCUUUUCAGAACCUCACAAACCCUGAAAAGAGAUUAGUCACAUGGUGCUACUAGCCUAAUUUAUCUUAAAAACCUCAACUGAAGAACUUUCAUUGAAGCAACUGCAUAUCAUACUUUUACGGGUGGGUAUUAAUGGCUUGAUUGGUCGAUUGCUCAGUCGUCGGUCGGUCUGUUUGUAGUUCAUCUUGCUUGCAUGCUUUAGUCAUUCGCAGGUCAUAACAGUCAGUCGGCAUUUGGAUUGUUGCAUGGAUUUAUUUUUCACCGGUGAAAAUAUUCAGGGAAUAGACGUUAUGCGUGUAUAGCAGCCAUCUUAGAGGGCAAUGCCUUUGUUACUAAAUUAAAAUAACAAAAGAUGCCCUCUAAAAUGGCCGCUACGACUAACAUCAAUUUAUCAUUCGAUCCAUCAGUUAACGAAUUGUUUGUUUAUUAUUGAUGCAUCAGUUAGUAGAUCUAUUAAUCGAUUGACUUUACAAAUAAUAAUUGAUUGAUCAGUCAAUCGCGUAAAAUGUCAUGAGUUUUGUUCCUAUGUUGAUUAAGAUGCUUGUUAUUCGCAAGUGGAGGGUGUACUGUUUCGAUAUAGACCUAAUCUUUGGAUGUUGCGAAUCGCAUUUUCCGAUUUGCCACAAUAUUUGGGUUUAUCAAAGUUGUUUGUCUUUGUACAUUCUUCUCAUGCAGUAUGUAUAUUGGCAAC